AUGGAUUUUGGAAAAGAAGUUUUUGUGUUGGACUGCAGUAUGUUUGAAGGCAAAUUAACAGACGUCAAGAUCAUAAACAGAGCAACACAACUGAUCAUAGAUAUGGAAACGAAGUAUGUUGUGUUCGACGUUAUCAAAAGAACCGUAGUGAAAAUAUAUUCUGCGCUUCCUGAAGAACGCUACAGUCUUUUCACUUUGUACAACUCGGAGGGCACGUUUGUCGAUGUGUGCAAUCAGAAAGAGUACAAAGUAGAUGCUAUCAGAACGCGCCAUCCUAGGUCAUACAACAUAGAAUCGUUUAACUACCGAGAGUACGUGGGUUAUGUGAAAACUCGAAAAGACUUUGUCCUAAUACACAAUAGGACUGGAAAUAUAAAAUUUAUUAAUCCUUGGCCUCGAGAUAUGUAUGAGUUAUAUAUAUCAAGAUUUCUAUAAUAGCAAAUAAAUUGAAAUUCCAAAAGAUACGGGUACUGCAACAAAACAUCGUAAGCCUUUUUUAACCAUAUUUACACUAAAUAUUAUGGCACAUUUUUUCAUGUUUAAAAUUAAAACCAAUUAACUGAUGCCAAUGAUUACCAUUAGUGAAGUUGUUUGAUUUUUAAAUCAGUUUUAAAAAACUAUGUUUAUCAUCAUGUAUUUGUUUAUAUGUUUAUUAUAUUAUUAUGUAUUUCCGAUAAAAUGUAAAUUAAAUUAUGGUCCAAAUAGGUCCCUAAGAUCCUCGUUGAUGCCACAAUUUACUUUUAAUUCGAGGCUUGUUUACUCGACCGAGUUUCUCAUUUUUCCAGAAAACGAGGUCUUUUGGCCAGGAAGUGUUCACAUGUUCGGCUUGGCUUCUUUGGCCAAGAAGCGGAAUGGACCAAAGCUAUUUUUUUGCCAGUGUUCGAAUGGGGAAUAGAGUGCAAAGUGAAAUAA